GUUUGUCACACAAUAACUUGAUUUUAAAAAUAAAAUAAAAUAUUAAAUCAAUGGCGGAGGAUCAAGCAACGGCAGCGUUGGAAACAUCGAAGGUGGAGAUGCAGCCUGAGACAACAGAGUCUGAAGCAUCGGGAGUGACGACGACAAAAAGGAUUAUGGUUGCGAUCGACGAGAGCGAUUCCAGCUUCUACGCUCUUCAGUGGGUCAUUGACCAUUUCUCUACCCUAUUGAUGACCACUGAGGGGGAUAGUGCAGAAGGUGGUUUGCUCACGGUGGUUCAUGUGCAGUCUCCUUUCCAUCACUUUGCUCCUUUUCCGGCUGGACCCGGUGGCGCAACAGCAGCAGUCUACGCACCUUCGUUGAUGAUAGAGUCGGUGAAAAAAACACAACAAGAGGCAUCUGCAGCGCUUCUCUCGCGUGCACUCCAAAUGUGCCGAGCCAAACAGAUACGUUCUGAAAGUCUGGUGUUUGAAGGCGAGGCAAAGGAAAUGAUUUGCCAGGCGGUGGAGCAAAUGCACGUUGAUCUUCUCGUUGUGGGCAGUCGUGGACUUGGCAAGAUCAGAAGAGCGUUUAUUGGGAGUGUUAGCGACUACUGUGCUCAUCACGCCAACUGCCCCAUCCUUAUUGUGAAGCCACCAAAGGAGAUGACUAGUUAAAGCAUCAAGUUCUUCAUGUUUGAGGUGAAAAGUGUGUGCUGUUGUUCGUAUGUAUGCGUGUGUCUGAAGAUACUUAACUUGGAUGGAUCAUCAAGAAUUCAAGAUGUGUGUAUGUGUAUGGAGAGUAAUACCUGGACUCGAAUAAUGAAGCGAUAAAACUCGGUAGUUUGUCGCUUCUAUGUGCACCUAUUAUUGUAUUUUUCCUUGUAAUCAUAUUGCUGAAUAUUUCCAGAUUAUUAUUACCGAAGAAUCUUGUUCUCAUUUUAAA